UUCAUCUAUGCCGAGCAACACCGUUGUCUAAAUUGUCUUUCAUUAAAAUUUUACAAAGAACUCGUUUUGAUAAAUUUUACACAAAAAAGUUAUCGUUAAAAUUUGAGUGCGUAUACUUUGAAUUGAAAUCAAGACAAAGCUCAAUAGAUAAAAAUGGCAGCGAGCGACUCCGGGACGGAUGAAUCAUUGUAUCCGAUUGCCGUUCUCAUAGAUGAGCUGAAGAAUGAGGAUGUACAGCUUCGUUUGAACUCUAUAAAGAAGUUGUCGACGAUCGCGUUGGCUCUGGGCGUGGAGAGGACUAAAUCGGAGUUGAUCCCGUUCCUCACUGAGACAAUCUAUGAUGAAGACGAGGUUCUCUUAGCACUAGCUGAACAACUUGGUAGUUUCAUCAACUUGGUCGGCGGAGGAGAGUUCGCACAUUGUCUUCUUCCACCCCUGGAGACAUUAGCAGCAGUUGAAGAGACAGUAGUCCGAGAUAAGGCAGUGGCUUCACUCCGUGCCGUUGCCGAGCAUCACAGCCCGCAAGCACUCGAGGAACACUUUGUGCCACUAGUACAGCGCCUUGCUGGAGGAGACUGGUUCACUUCAAGAACAUCCGCUUGUGGACUAUUUAGUGUAUGCUACCCACGUGUCUCGGCACCUGUGAAGGCAGAACUUCGUCAGCAUUUCCGCUCCCUCUGUCAAGAUGAUACUCCGAUGGUACGCCGCGCUGCUGCCUACAAACUUGGAGAGUUUGCGAAAGUUGUGGAGAUUGAAUAUGUUAAGAGCGAUCUUAUUCCCAUAUUUGUGAUUUUGGCAGAGGAUGAUCAAGAUUCCGUUCGUCUGUUGGCUGCCGAGGCCUGCGCGGCGGUUGCAGCUCUAUUGACUCCUGAGGAUAUGGAGCAGCAUGUGAUGCCAACUGUACGCGCACUGUCCGGAGACGCUUCUUGGAGAGUCCGAUAUAUGGUUGCUGAUAAGUUCGUAGAGCUGCAACAAGCUGUAGGCCAGGAGCUAGCUCGUACAGAUCUAGCACAGAUCUUCCAGGCACUGCUCAAGGACUCGGAGGCUGAGGUUAGAGCCGCAGCUGCUGGGAAGGUCAAGGACUUCUGUAUGAACUUGGAUAAAGCUCACCAAGAACACAUCAUCAUGACCAUGAUCUUGCCACAGAUCAAGGACUUGGUGUGUGAUGCCAACCAACACGUCAAGUCUGCACUAGCCUCCGUCAUCAUGGGCCUGAGCCCCAUAGUGGGCAGACAGAACACUAUUGAACAUCUCCUGCCGCUGUUCCUCACACAACUGAAGGAUGAAUGUCCCGAAGUCCGACUCAACAUAAUCUCCAACCUCGAGUGUGUGAAUGAAGUGAUCGGCAUCCAGCAGCUUGUGCAGUCUCUCCUCCCCGCCAUCGUGGAGCUGGCAGAGGACACCAAGUGGAGGGUCCGUCUGGCCAUCAUCGAGCACAUGCCUCUACUGGCGGGACAGCUGGGCCAGGAGUUCUUCGACGAGAAGCUGACCAGCUUGUGCAUGUCGUGGCUGGUGGACCACGUGUACGCCAUCCGCGAGGCUGCGACCCUCAACCUGAAGAAGCUGGUGGAGCAGUACGGGCCGCAGUGGGCAGAGAACAACGUCAUACCCAAAGUACUGAACAUGUCGCACGAGCAGAACUACUUGCACAGGAUGACGUACUUGUUCUGCAUUAACGUGCUGUCCGAAGUGUGCGGCAAGGACAUCACGACCAGGGUGCUGCUGCCGACCGUGUUGUCUAUGGCCGACGACAAUGUUGCCAACGUGCGGUUCAAUGUUGCCAAGACGCUGCAGAUAAUGGCCAAGUACUUGGACCCGGCCGUCAUCCAGCCCCAAGUCAAGCCGGUCCUGGAGAAGCUCAACGUGGACCCCGACGUCGACGUCAAGUACUUCGCAUCGGAGGCGAUCGCCGGAAUAGCUGGAUAACUAAUACUUAAUAAUAUAGGAAAUUAUACAUAAGGGCCCGAACAUCAGAACUGUAUUAUGGAGUAUUAUUGACUCUUUGUUUUUUUUAAUGACGAUAAAAUUUGAACGUAUAAAACAAAACGCAUAAUUAUUCUAAACGUUCAUCAUGUAGCUAGUUAAAUAAAGUUUGCAAUAAUUGAAAAGCCCUAGUUCAUUCCCCACUAUGUUUAUAGAUAAAAUGAAAAAAAAAACUUUUUAUACUUAAGGACUGGUUUAGUCGUCCAAUAUUAACGUACAAAAUUUCACCAUCGGUGGAAAAGCGAGGUUUAUCUAUAUAUAUAAUUGUUAGGUGUUAGGAGACCGCUUCCGAAGUCGAAGACAGACUAUAGUACUAAUGACACUUUUGAUGAUAGGAUGGAAAAAAAUCCUGAUUUAAAAAAAAACAUGCUUUAAAAUGUUUUAUUAACAUUAUUUACUCUUCAUCAUGUUAGUAUAGGUAAAUGAAACGGUCGUUCCAUAAAAAAUACAUUACU